AUGACCAAAGCAUUGACAAGCGCAAAGGCCCAAACGCGCCGCUCCACCCCAAUCAUGCUCCUGUCAAGGUUAGUCCUGCUGACCCGAUUCACCCAAAACCCAAUACAAGCAUUGCCCCACAAGCCAGGCAACUUCACAAGCCCGGGCCCACCCCGCAACAAUAAACUCAGCAAGAGCAACGACCCCUCGCCAGCAACCCCUGAGCCACACCAAUUGUCCCACGGCCUAUGCAAUUCCCGCCCACGCCAUUCCCUCUCUCGUAAAUCUUCUCUCUCUCUCUCUCUCUCUCUCUCUCUCUCAAUCUCUCUCACUCUCUCUCUCUCUCAAUCUCUCUCUCUCUCUCUCUCUCUCUCUCCCUCACUCUCUCUCUCAAUCUCUCUCUCUCUCUCUCUCUCUCUCUCACACACUCUCUCUCUCAAUCUCUCUCUCUCUCUCUCUCUCUCUCUCUCUCUCUCUCUCUCUCUAACACACACACACUCUCUCUCUCAAUCUCUCUCUCUCUCUCUCUCUAACACACACUCUCUCUCUCAAUCUCUCUCUCUCUCUCUCUCUCAACAAAACCAAAAGAAAAAAGGGUUUGUCAGACGAACGACGAUCAAUCGCCGUCCCACACACAUCUCUCGCCAGUACACGCAUUUCUCUUUGAUUUUCUCACACCUACACACACCCCGUCAUGCAUCUGGCGGCUUGCUUGGGGUGACGUUUGGGGGUGUCAUGGCGGAUAAAGAGGAGGUGGAGCCACCUUGGGUGGAGGAGGAGCCCACCCGACCGCCGUUUCGGCGCGCAAACUGGGAUGCCAUUGCCGAGUCGUCGUUUGUGAGCUACGUCCUCUUCCUCUGGUGCUCGCCGCUCGUCGCGUACGGUCGUCGGUUCCUCUUCUCCUCCGAAGACGUCUAUGCGCUUCCAGAUGACCAAAAGCCCGAGACAGCUGCACGACGCUUUGAGAAAGCUUGGGCACAAGAAGUCGAGCGCCAUGGGCCGGCCAAAGCUUCCAUCCCCCGCGCGCUCUAUCACGGCUACCGCGCCUCCAUAUGGACCUCCAUCGUGGUCGCAACCCUGUACAUUGUCGUCGCGCUCUUUACCCCACUCCUCGUGCUCAAUUCAAUCGUGCGCUACCUGGAAGAUUCCGGCCCUUAUUCCAACCUGAUUGGCUUUGGUCUGGGCCUCGCCUUUGCCCUCGCCGCUUGUGAGGUCUUGCGCUCUCUGCUUCUCAACAUGUACGGCUUUACGUCCACCCGUUACGGAGUGUCCUUUCGCACCAUUAUUUUUUGCGCCGUGUUUCGCAAAGCUUUGCGGCUGCGCGACCUCGGGCGCUACUCAGUGGGUGAACUAGUUAACAUUUGCAGCAACGACGGCCAGCGUAUUCAUGAUGCAGCCCUAUAUUCGGCCUUUAUAUACAUCUCCCUUGUUAUGGGUCUUGCCGUCCUUGUGGCUAGUGCCCUUGUUCUGGGUCCAGCCGCGCUAGCCGGUGUCUUUGUGUUCUCUCUCAUCGUCCCUAUUCAAGUGGUGUUUGCCAAGCAAACCAGCCAGCUCCGAAGGCAGGCCCUCUCCUUCACCGACGCUCGCGUCGCUUUGAUGAACGAAAUUAUCUCUUGCAUCAAGUUGAUCAAAAUGUACGCAUGGGAGGACUCAUUUGCCGAUAAAGUGGCUGACUUGCGCCAAUCCGAGGCCACCUUCCUUCGCCAUGCCGCAUUAUGGCAAAGCGUGACCGUCUCCCUCAUUCCCAUCAUGCCAGCUGUAGCAGCCAUGGUCACGUUUCUAAUCCAAGCCUACACGGCAGGCUCCCUCAAAGCCAACGAGGUCUUCACCGUGCUCGCCCUGUUCAAUACGCUCCGGUUUUCCUUGUCUGUGCUAUCAAGGGCUGUCAAGACCGCUGCUGAGGCUGAGCAAGGCGUCAAACGCCUCAAAACAUUUUUGCUGCAAGAUAACGAACGCAUACCUCUUCUGCCUCCUUCAAACGCCAAUGUGGCCAUUCAACUGGACAAUGCAGACAUUGCCUGGCCGACGCUGCCACCGUCUUCGGCUGUUGGGCCGAACAGCAAAUCAACGCUGCUCGCUGCCUUGCUAGCCGAGGCUUUGAUUGUGAAUGAGAGCGGCCAGGCCUUUAUUCGCGAAAGCGUCGCCUUUGUCAGCCAGCAAGCAUGGAUACAAUCGGCCACGCUGCGGGACAACAUUCUCUUUGGUCACCCUUUUGAGGAGGAGGCAUAUCGUCGAGCCGUAUUUGCUGCUGGCUUGGAGCCCGAUCUACGCCAACUCUCGGCCGGGGACCUGACCUUUAUUGGCGAGCGAGGUCUUAACCUGUCGGGUGGUCAAAAACAGCGUGUCAGCCUUGCGCGCGCCCUGUAUGCCGCGCAGGACAUCUACUUGCUUGAUGAUCCCCUGAGCGCAGUGGACGUUCACGUUGGCGAGCACAUCUUUGAGCACGCUGUUCUCUCGGCCCUCCGAGAAAAAACAGUUUUGCUCGUUACCCAUCAAUUGCAACACCUCAGCCGUUGCAAUCGCGUACUGUUUGUGCAUGCGGGCCACGUCCACAUUGGCACCUACCACGAGCUGCUGCAACGCAAUCCAGACUUUGCCAGCCUGGUUGAGCACCACCUGCGUCAAGUCUCGGAGGAGAAGCCCGUCGAGGACCAAGGCUUGUUGGAAACGUCAAGCCAGCUGUCGGCAGCCGAGCGACACGCCACCGUCACAACAGAGGUGUCUUGCGAUGAAGCAACCAGUCCAACCUUGGCCGCAUCAAAAGGUUCCAGUCCUGACCCGGCGCUCCGUCUCGGAGAUCCAGGAAGCCAAGGCACGGCGCUGGUGCAAGACGAGGGGAUGGUGCGCGGGGCCGUGGGUCGUCACACGAUCGGCCAAUAUUUUCGUGCCGCCGGUGGUAUUGCUAUAUUCUCUUUUAUUAUCGGCCUCUUCUUCGUGGCCAUGUUUGCUCGGACCUUUGGUGACUAUUACCUUAGCUACUGGAUUCAACAGGGCGAUGGCUCGAGUCGCACGGGCAAUGCAGCUGACAACCCUGACAUUGAUCGACACGCGUUGGUGUUUAGCAUGACCGUGGCCGCCCUGUUAAUUUUGCAGUGCGUCCGAGGAUACCUUUACUGCCGUCACACCAUCAAAGCCUCCAGUCAGAUCCAUGGUUCUGUUUUCCGCGCCGUGGUGGGCGCCCCUAUGGCCUUUUUUGACACCACCCCGACUGGCCGCCUGCUCAAUCGAUUUAGCAAGGAUAUGGAUGAGAUUGACACGCGACUGCCCUUCUUGGCCGAGCAAUUCUUGCAGAAUGUGGCACACAUUGUGCUUAUGCUAGCACUGAUUGGGUACAUUUUCCCAUGGUUCUUGGUUGCUUUGGUGCCCAUCUUGGGCUUUUUCUUCUGGCUCGUGCAUUACUUUCGCCCGACACAGCGACACAUCAAGCGACUGGACAACGUGUCGCGCAGCCCCUUGUUCUCCCACCUCUCUGCAACGCUGCAAGGCCUCAGCACGAUUGCAGCCUUUCGCAAGCACGAUCAAUUUUACUCUGAAUUUGUUGAACGUCUGACUACAAACACAAAGUCUUUCUUUGGCUUCUACUAUUGCUCGCGCUGGUUUUCAGUUCGCCUUGAUAUCACUACCACCAUGAUCGUGCUGGCCACGGGAAUCACCAGUGUGAUCUUGCGCAACCACAUCGACCCGGCCCAGGCCGCCUUGAGCAUUACGUAUGCUCUCUCCAUGGGAGGCAUGUUCCAGUAUACCACCCGCCUGAGUGCCGAGGUGGAGGGCCGCUUUACCUCCGUGGAGAGACUUCAGGAUACCGUGCAAAGCACCCCCCAGGAAGACUCGGCGGGCCUUGAGCCACCGCCCGAGUGGCCAACGCAGGGUGUUGUCGAGUUUGCCUCCGUUUCGGCACGCUACCGCCCUGGUCUUGAAACCGUCCUCAAAUCCGUUACUUUUCGGGUGGCGGCCAUGCAGCACGUGGGCAUCGUUGGUCGCACAGGCGCGGGCAAGUCGUCGCUGACGCAAGUAUUGUAUCGACUUUUGGAGCUUGAGGCGGGCCAAAUCAUGGUCGAUGGAUUGGAUAUUUCUUCCGUCAAGCUCAAUCAUCUGCGCUCACGACUCAGCAUUAUUCCCCAAGAGCCCGUUCUGUUUGUGGGCACGCUAAGAUACAACCUCGAUCCUUUUGAUCGCUACACGGAUGAUCAAAUUUGGACGGCGCUGGAGCGAGCACACAUGCGGGGAGCAAUUGAUCGCCUUCCCGCACAGUUGAAUGCUCCCGUGGUAGAGAAUGGCAACAACUUUUCCGUCGGCGAGCGCCAGCUGUUGUGCAUGGCCCGUGCUCUGCUGCGCAAUUCGCGCAUCCUGGUUUUGGAUGAGGCUAGUAGCAGUACCGAUAGCAAGACGGAUAGCCUCCUACAGGCAAGCCACAACGCUGCUGGGUUGCUCGAGGGAUUGCCAUCGACCAUCCGCACGUCGUUUGCGGGCUGCACGGUUAUGACCAUUGCCCAUCGACUGAAUACCGUGUUAGACUGUGACAUGAUCUUGGUGAUGGACCAGGGGGAAAUUGCCGAGUACGACAACCCUAUCAAUCUCCUCCGACAAUCCGGUUCGGUCUUCCGUCAGAUGGUUGAAGACAGCGGCAUUGCGAUCAACGCGUCACUGCUCGACAGCGUUCAGCAAGCUCAGCAUGAGCGCCGUGCAAGGAUCAUGGAUGUGUGCAGUGCCGCUGCGGAGCAUCAACAAACAGACGCACCUGCAACAAGGGUCGUUGACACGGUGCUUGCCAAAGCCCCGCUGCUCAAAUCAACCCGCGUUUAG